AUGUUAGAUACUGUGGAAAAAUUGGAAUCUAUUCAAUCAUCAAUGAUUCGAUUCGAUUCGAUUAUUAAUUCAAUUUUUAACUAUGAAACAGGUUUAAAGAAUAUAAGAUUCUAUCAUAAUGAUUUAAAAGUAUCAAAUAAUAGAGAAUCAAAUAAAAUGUUUAUUAUUCUAGAGAAUUUUCCAUGCAUUGUAAUGCAACUUCAAAACAAUCAUUGGGCUUUAUGGUCAAAAGAAAAAAAUUUAUUAGAAAUAAGAAAAUUAUGGAAUUUAUUAGAAAUUAAAUUAAAAUAUACAGAAAAGAAAAAAGAACAUAUACACAUGUUUGAUUUAGUAGAAUGUGCAUACUAUUUAGAUAAUACAGAAGCAUUGGAGUAUUUCCUAUCAUUUCAUAUCAUUAAAUCAGCUUCAUCAUCAUCAUUCAGUUUAAACAAUAGUAAUAAUUAUACAACAGAAGCAUUAGCAUUCAGUUUAAAAAAUAGUUAUAGAAACAAUAAUAAAACAACUACACCAGAACCUACAACAUACAUUUUAAAAAAUAGUUAUUGUAACAAUAAUUUAAAUAGUAUUAGUGAAUAUAGCAAUCUAAAUAAUAAUAGUACCAGUUUAGCCCGAAGCGCAAGUUGUAGUAGGCAGUUGUAA